CUCGAACUGAUGGAGCGCAUGCUGUCCUUUCUCGGUCCGGACGACGGGGGAUUCCUGUUCGCCCCUUUUAAUCAUCUGCCGGCGGCCGUGAGAGCCGGCCUCGCCAACUCUCCGCUUCUGGGCACGAAGGAUUAUCGCUCCCUGGUUGAGGACGCGAAUCGUAUUCUCUUGGCUACCCGCACUUUCCACGAUCACAACCUAGUUCCAGCCUCGCCGGCGGCGCCUUCUACUUCCCCACUGACCUGCCCCGACGUGUCCGCUCCUUCGCUGGCGGCAAAGGUCGCGGCACAGCGACACCGCGGACGGGACCUCUGUUUCUACCAUCAGUGUUUUGGCCCCAGAGCGCGCCGCUGCUUGCUGCCUUGUGCUUUUCCGACCCUGGGACACGGGCCCCGACAGCGCGCUGUAGCGGCCACGACCGCUGGCAACAAAGAAAAACUGCUCUUCAUAGAAGACUCGUGCUCCGGGAGACGUUUCCUGGUCGACUCCGGCUCCCAGAAGAGCCUCCUUCCCCCGUCCAGCGCCGACAGUUUAGCAGCGGGCUGCGGACCGCAGCUUAUUGCGGCUAAUGGCUCUCCCAUCGCAACAUUCGGGGAAAGACAGUGACGUGGGGGGGUCAGGAUCCUGGUGUGACCCCUGAGCUGGAUCGAUAGCCGGCCCAUCAGAGCUGACAGAUGGCAAACCUGAGCCUGACUCUCCACCAGAGAAUUUCUACCACAUCCGGCCACUGACAGACAGCGAACGCACCACAAUGCCCCGCCCCCCACAGCACCAUACCUGCCUGAGAGUCAUCCUGCUUUCAGACCAGCUGUGAAAACAUCUAUUUAUCACUUUGUAUAGUCUGACUCUAGAAUCUGUUGCUAUGUUUAAAAAAAAAUGUGAUUUGUAUUUUAUUUUGUUAUGUGUUAGUAAAAUUUUGUUAGAGGACAAUAUCUUAAAAAACUUGUAGUUUUAGAAUUAAUUUUAAAAACUUUAAAAAAAAAAAAAAACCACUGAUCUGUCCCUUCAAAUUAAAAGCAGCCUUGCUAUGUGAAGUAUUUGUGCCCUACUGCUUGUUAUUAUUAAGGCUUUUGUCACCAUGACACAUUUUCCCACUGCUGUCUUUCUUUUUUUGGUCAUAUCCCACCCCUCUGUGGUUAUUGCCCAUGUAUAUAUAUCACUUUGUCUGGUCAUUUGGUAUGUUUCUUAUCAUUAUCUGGAGAAUUAUGGUCAUUUCGUGUCUUGUUAUUGCCUUUUUUGGUGUUUGUUUUGCAUCUAUUGGUUCUUAUUUGAGUCUUUGCAGUCAGUGUACUUUUUUGAAGCUGUUUAUCAGCUUUUGUCAUCUCUUUAUAAGAAUUUAUUGUCAUUCACUGGUCAUUUUCAUUUUUAUUUUGUUGGUUUGACUCUCUGUCUGUGUUUGUGUUGCUUUUCAGUCAGUGUACCUCUCUUUGUAGUCAUUUCAUUUCAUUUUUCAGCGGUUUUGAGGCUUUUGUCACUGUAUAAUCAGUCAGUGUUCUUUAUUUUUCAGUGUUUGUCUCUUCAAAGCAUUUUUUCAUCUGUUAUGAUUUUGAAUCUUAUUUUUGGAAAGUUUGUGUUUUUGUUGUUGUCAGUUUGUUUCUGCCAUGACUCACUGAGAUCAUCUUGCAUCUCAGUACAGAUCACUGGUAUUAUUUUAUUUAAGCAGUCAUUUUGUGUAUCUUUGGGGCCAUUGUGUCAGUUUGUCGUCAUUUUGCAUGCUUUUCUGUGCGCCUUAUGUCUCUUCAAAUUAAUUUUCAUUUAUACAUUUUUGUCUUUUAGUGGUUGUGUUGAAUAUUUGUGGGGUUUUUCUUCAUUUUUGGGUGUUUUUGCAGUCAUUUCAUAUCUGUUUUUGGUCAUUUUAUGAUUUAUGAUUUUAUGAUUUUUGUUUGCGCGUUUACGAUUUUUUUCUGCAUGUUUGUCCUUAUUUUGAAACUCACUUGUUAGCUCCUUUCUGUGCUGUCAGUCAUCCAUCCUGUCUGAGUGAGUGAGGAUUAGUUUUUCAGUUUGAGCUACUUGAAAAGACAAUUCACGACAAAUAUCAGCUAAAGCAACCCUUCACGCUGAGAUAUACAGCUCCUGACCAACACACACAUUUACACACACACACACACAAACACAAGCACACCGAGAGGAUGGAGUGUGCUGUGGUUGAUGUGUGAGGCUCAUUAACACCAUUGUCUCUGUAAGGAAUGGUGGACACAACAACAACAACAGCAAUAACGACAGCUACAUCCAUCCUGUGUGAGGAUUUACACACUCGCUGUUAGAACCGCCGCCUUAUUUUUAACUUUCAGCCAGCUGCACCGUCUGCCAGCGUUUUAGCCUCCUUAACAGUUUCUGCUCUUUGUUGUUUUCUUGUUAUUUUCUUUAAACUGCAUUGUUCAU